UCAGCAGACGCCGUGCUUAGAAACCGGAUCUUUACCUUACUUUAAUUGACAAUAUUUUAUUAAAAAUGGGCUGCGCCAUUAGCAGCGAAGACAAAGCGGCUGUUGAGAGGUCGAGGGCUUUAGAUAGACAGUUAAAAGCAGAUGGAGAAAAAGCAGGAAGAGAAGUAAAACUGCUACUUCUAGGAGCGGGAGAGUCCGGAAAGAGUACAAUCGUUAAACAGAUGCGAAUUAUUCAUGAUAGAGGCUACUCAAAAGAAGAAUGUGAAAGAUACAAACCCGUAGUUUAUUCAAAUACCAUUCAGAGUUUGGCUGCUAUUAUACGAGCUAUGGGACAACUUAAAAUUUCCUUCGCCGGUCGCGAUAAAGAGGAGGAUGCAAGGCGUUUUUUCACAAUCGCUGGAAAAGAAGAUGGCGAAAUGUCUCGAGAAUUGGCGUUAGUUAUGCAGUCGGUGUGGAAUGAUCCAGGAAUCAAAGCAUGCUUCCGCAGAUCAAGAGAAUAUCAACUUAACGAUUCUGCUGAAUACUACUUGGAUUCUCUAGAGCGAAUUAGCGAUCCAAGCUACAUACCAACUCAGCAAGAUGUUUUGCGAACUAGGGUGAAAACUACGGGUAUCGUUGAAACGCAUUUCACUCAUAAAGAUUUACAUUUUAAAAUGUUUGAUGUUGGUGGCCAAAGAUCCGAAAGAAAGAAAUGGAUACACUGCUUUGAAGGAGUUACGGCGAUAAUAUUUAUUGUUGCUAUGAGUGAAUACGAUCUAACUCUAGCAGAAGACCAAGAGAUGAACCGAAUGAUGGAGAGUAUGAAGCUGUUCGACUCUAUUUGCAACAAUAAAUGGUUUACUGACACUUCGAUUAUUCUCUUUCUAAACAAAAAGGAUUUAUUUAUGGAUAAAAUAACCAAAUCAUCCCUUAGAAAUUGUUUUCCGGAAUAUACAGGUGGUGAUAAUUUUGAAGAAGCGUCUGAGUAUAUUCAAAUGCAGUUUGAACUUUUGAAUAAGAAAAAAGGAUAUAAGGAUAUUUAUACUCAUUUUACAUGCGCCACGGAUACAAAUAACGUACAGUUCGUAUUUGAUGCAGUUACGGAUGUGAUCAUUAAAAAUAACUUGAAAGAUUGUGGGCUGUUUUAA